GCUCUCUGACGUUGAACAGGUUCCUUGGAAGGUAAUAUCUAUUCUAGGCAGGAGUCUGGCUUGGUGCCUGCUGCUGGUUGCUUCAGGGUCUGACAGGAUAAUGGAUAAACAUAAAAGCAUUUUACGUUGUUCCGUUAAAACUACUUUUUUCUUCUAGAUAAUCUGUAGUGCAUUGUUGUUAUGGGAGUUUUUCGUGCUCUUUCUCUUGGUUGUCUAAUUGUUUAUUAAGUCCUAACUUGUGAGUCAGGCUUUGGGUAUAGUUUUUCUUUUCUUUUCUUUUUUUGCCCACGUGACUUGAACGCACCACGGGAGGACAGCGCUUUUGUUUUUUUUCGGCUCGCGGAGCAGCAGCAGCAGCACGCGGAGGCGCGGAGAGAGUGAGCGCGAGCCACGAUGACAUGUCCGUACGGGAGAGGAGACGAUGGAGAGCCGCUGCUGUGUCACUGAACGUCCGCGGCGUGUGUGUGUGGAGCUGAGCAGCCAUGAGCGAGGCGGUGACGAGGAGGAGAAAAGGAGUAGCGAAGAAGAACAGAUGGAGUGAGCAGCCCAGAGGCAACCUCAUCUCUGAUGUCCCUGGGAAACUCAGUUCAAUCCCACCAGCGGAAGAUGAAGGUGGACGACAAGGGGCCCUCAAGAGGUUCAGUGCCAUGUGGUCGUCCUUCCGCAGAGGCAGAAAAGAGAAAGGGAAAGAACUGGAGCCCCCAGAACCAGAAGGCCCAGCAGCGGCAGAGAACUCAUCCCGACAGCAACGCUAUGCCAGUGGCCAGUACUUCUUUGAGUAUCUGGUGGUGGUCAGCCUCAAGAAGACCAAGGACGACAGUAGCUAUGAACCCGAGAUCACCUACCAGUUUCCCAAGAGGGAUGGGAUGGCCAGACGUCAGAAGGAGGAGGAAGAGAAGACGCUCAAAGCGAUCACACUGUUCUGUUUCCCAGAGGGCAUCAACUGGGCUCCUCUGACAGAAUACCACAGCGAGACCUUCUCCUUCGUUCUGACUGAGAUUGACGGCAGCAGAAGAAAUGGAUACUGCAGGAGGUUACUGCCUGGAGGGAAAGGAGCCCGCGCCCCUGAGGCGUACUGCAUCAUCAGCAGUCUGGCUUGUUUCGGCCUUUUCUCCAAGAUAUUUGACGAGGUGGAGAAGCGGCGGCAGAUCUCCCGGGCUAUGAUCUACCCAUUCAUGCAGAAGCUGCGGGAGGCCCCAUUCCCAGCUCCGGGGAACACUGUGGAGAUUAAAAGCUUCAUUCCGGAGUCGGGCACUGAGAUCAUCAGUCUGACUCGCCCACUGGACUCCUGGCUGGAACACGUCAACUUUGCCACGCUGUUCGGCUGCCUGACAGAUGAGGAGGUGUUAGUGGUGUUUGCCGCCGCUGUCCUGGAGAGACGCAUCAUCUUCAUCGCAGAUGAACUGGGCACCUUAUCCCAAGUCAUCCACGCAGUCACAGCCCUCCUUUACCCCUUCACCUGGCAGCACACCUUCAUCUCCAUCGUCCCCGAGAUCCUGAUGGAUGUAGUGAUGGCGCCAACGCCGUACCUGCUGGGAGUCCAGAAACGCCUGCUGGACCUGGUCAUUGAUCAGAGUGAUAUGCUAAUGGUCGAUUUGUCAGAGGAUAAGGAGGAAACUUUCCUUUAUUCUAUGGGUGAUGAAAGCUCUAUUCUACCCCCGAAGCUCCAAGCGGAAAUACUUGAGUCUCUGAGUAAAAGACAAAAAGCGUCAACGGUGGAGGAGCUGAACCGAGUGGUGUACGAGGCCUUCCUGCAUUUCUUUGUGAGAACAGUCGGCCAUUAUGCGUCGUACGUGAAGUACAGUGGAAAAGAGCCGGGAGUGUUUGAGAAGAGGAGCUUCUACAAGGCCAUCGAGUCCAAGACGACUCGACACUUUGUCAAGAAGUUCAUCCAGACGCAGAUGUUCGACCUGUUUAUCCAGGAUGUGGAGCAGCAGCAGCCUGGACCGCAGCAAGGCGUAUUUCACAAAAAGAUCCUUGAAUACCAGGAGAAGAAGAAAAGGGACAAGGGGAAGAAACACUAACUCUCUGCAGGGAUCACUCGUGUAUAUACAGGAGUACAUAGGAAAAGAUGUAAAUGUUGUGACUUGUGUAUUUUUUUAAUGUCCCGUGUUGGUUUGCUUUUAAAUAAUGUUUGUAACAAUGUGUGUGUGCGUUACUGUAUGGUUAACUUGCUGCUACUCUGUGAAACACUGGGACACUUGAGCGUCACAUGUUGGUCCUCAGGCUGUGGAGAAAGUGUGUCGCUGAUGACGAGCAGGAAAAUCAUUUCAAAUAAAGCUGGGUUUUUUUUACAAAAA